AUGACUAUAAGGAACCAACGAUUCUCUCUUCUUAAAGAACCUAUAUCCUCCACACUUAAUCAACAUUUGAUAGAUUAUCCAACCCCGAGCAAUCUUAGUUAUUGGUGGGGCUUCGGUUCGUUAGCUGGUAUUUGUUUAGUCAUUCAGAUAGUGACUGGCGUUUUUUUAGCUAUGCAUUACACACCUCAUGUGGAUCUAGCUUUCAACAGCGUAGAACACGUUAUGAGAGAUGUUGAAGGGGGCUGGUUGCUCCGUUAUAUGCAUGCUAAUGGGGCAAGUAUGUUUCUCAUUGUGGUUCACCUUCAUAUUUUUCGUGGUCUAUAUCAUGCGAGUUAUAGCAGUCCUAGGGAAUUUGUUCGGUGUCUCGGGGUUGUAAUCUUCCUAUUAAUGAUUGUGACAGCUUUUACAGGAUACGUACUACCUUGGGGUCAGAUGAGCUUUUGGGGAGCUACAGUAAUUACAAGCUUAGCUAGCGCCAUACCUGUAGUAGGAGAUACCAUAGUGACUUGGCUUUGGGGUGGUUUCUCCGUGGACAAUGCCACCUUAAAUCGUUUUUUUAGUCUUCAUCAUUUACUCCCCUUUCUUUUAGUAGGCGCCAGUCUUAUUCAUCUGGCCGCAUUGCAUCAAUAUGGAUCAAAUAAUCCAUUGGGUGUACAUUCAGAGAUGGAUCAAAUUUCUUUUUACCCUUAUUUUUAUGUAAAGGAUCUAGUAGGUUGGGUAGCUUUUGCUAUCUUUUUUUCCAUUUGGAUUUUUUAUGCUCCUAAUGUUUUGGGCCAUCCCGACAAUUAUAUACCUGCUAAUCCGAUGCCCACCCCGCCUCAUAUUGUGCCGGAAUGGUAUUUCCUACCGAUCCAUGCCAUUCUUCGUAGUAUACCUGACAAAUCGGGAGGUGUAGCCGCAAUAGCACCAGUUUUUAUAUGUCUGUUGGCUUUACCUUUUUUUAAAAGUAUGUACGUGCGUAGUUCAAGUUUUCGCCCUAUUCACCAAGGAAUAUUUUGGUUGCUUUUGGCGGAUCGCUUACUACUAGGUUGGAUCGGAUGUCAACCUGUGGAGGCACCCUUUGUUACUAUUGGACAAAUUCCUCCUUUUGUUUUCUUCUUGUUCUUUGCCAUAACGCCCAUUCCGGGACGAGUUGGAAGAGGAAUUCCUAAUUCUUACACUACGGAUGAGACUGAGAUGUGA